CCCCGCUCACCUAUGCUCUGGCCUGCAGCACAGCCUGGAUCAUCCUGUGCCUCAGUCCAGCCUCUGACUGAUGGAUUCCUAGCCUGUACCGACCCUGCCUGUGCCUCGUCAUUCGCCUUGUCCCUGUCGCUGGUUCUGCCUACCCGUUGGGGUCGCUGGGUCUUGGUCCUCAGUCUGCGCCUUUCUCCUUUGUGCUGUGACUAGCGCCCCCUUUCUCGGUUCCAUCUUUGCCUGACUCAGCUCUCUGACCCCUGUCUCUGUUCUGUGUUCCCAAUAACUGAAAAUCCCUUCUCUUGGUCUUUGGUAAAAUCGGGAACCGAUAUUCCGCAGAGGGUUAUGGGUUUGGGGUCUGGUUCUCCGGGUUUGGGCUGGGCCCGGGCUGUAGCUAUUCUGGGUCUUGGAAGAGAGGCCGCCCAUCAGGCAGCAAGCAGUGGUCCCUGGGGCGCCGUGGGAAGGGCAGUCCUCUGUGUGAGAGCAGGCAUUCUCCCAGGCCCUGCAGGCUGUGCUCAGCCACUUGGACUCUGGUCCCUUUUUCGGUAGAGUCCCUUGGCCUCGGUGACUCCUUAAGGGACCUUUGGCCUCUCAGGACAUUAGAAUUCCCCCUGCUCCCUCCGGAGCCCCAGACUCCCUUGCUCGCGGAAGCCUGCAAGGCCUAAUUGCCCUUUUCCUUUCUGCCAGGCUAGUACACAGUCUGCUCUGGGAGGCACCGUCUGGCCAGUAGGGGGCCUCAGCCAUGGCUCCUGUCAGUGUCGGGAUGGGUGUGAAGCCAGUCCAUCCCAGCUUGCAAGUCCAGGCUGUUUGCUGUUGGUCCCCAGCACCCCCAGAUGUUUUGCUGUAAUCACCUAAGGCCGGAGCACUUUCCACCUGCCAGCUUCUGAGUUCUCUCUCCUUCCAGUGUUUUAAGAAUUUGUAUGAAUUCUUGCGGAUUGAACCCAAGCCUGCCACCAGACCGGGUCUGAAGAGGUUCCCGAGGCUGAGAUAAAGAUCCUACACUGCCCUUCUUGUUGGAUAAAUUUGUAGAUUCGAUGACUCCUGUUACAGAAAAAGCAUUUUCAGGCCACAUCGCCCAGCCAGACCAUUCCGGACCUGGCGCCAGGAGAAAGAGGGGAUCGCUGACAUCUACAUCUCCACAGAGGUUGGCGGUGGGCCAAGCAGCCUCUUUCCCUUAGGAUGACCUCGCCUUCCAGCCCUUCAGCUUUCAGGCUGGAGACAUCAGAUGGAGGCCAAGAAGGUGGCACUGAGGGGGACAAAGGAAAGCAUGGCCCGCCCCCCAUGGAGUCACCAUUCCAAGGUGAAGACCGGAACUCCUCCCCUCGGAUCAGAGUGAACCUCGACUACCGGAAGAGAGCUGAUGCCAGCCAGCCGGACCCGACCCGCUUCGACCGUGACCGCCUCUUUAGUGCAGUCUCCCGGGGUGUUCCCGACGACCUGGCUGGGCUGCCAGAGUACCUGCGCCGGACCAGCAAGUACCUCACUGACUCAGAGUACACAGAGGGCUCCACCGGCAAAACGUGCCUGAUGAAGGCUGUGCUGAACCUUCAGAACGGGGUCAACGCCUGCAUCCUUCCACUGCUGCAGAUCGACCGAGACUCUGGCAAUCCCUGGCCUCUGGUCAACGCCCAGUGCACAGAUGAGUAUUACCGAGGUCACAGUGCUUUGCACAUUGCCAUUGAGAAGAGGAACCUGCAGUGCGUGAAGCUGUUGGUGGAGAAUGGGGCCAACGUGCACGCCCGGGCUUGUGGCCAUUUCUUCCAGAAGAGGCAAGGAACUUGCUUCUAUUUUGGCGAGCUGCCCCUCUCUCUGGCUGCAUGCACCAAGCAGUGGGAUGUGGUGAGCUACCUCCUGGAGAACCCGUACCAGCCCGCCAGCCUGCAGGCUGCUGACUCCUUGGGCAACACCGUUCUGCAUGCCCUGGUGAUGAUCGCUGACAACUCUGAAGAGAACAGCGAACUGGUGACCCGUAUGUACGAUGCACUCCUCAAGGCGGGGGCCCGCCUCUGCCCCACUGUGCAGCUCGAGAACAUUCAAAACCUGCAGGGUCUCACUCCCUUGAAGCUGGCUGCCAAGGAGGGUAAAAUUGAGAUUUUCAAGCACAUCCUGCAGCGGGAGUUCCCAGCACCGUGCCAGGCCCUUUCGCGCAAGUUUACCGAGUGGUGUUACGGGCCUGUCCGGGUAUCACUCUAUGACUUGGCCUCCGUGGACAGCUGCGAGGAGAACUCGGUGCUGGAGAUCAUCGCCUUUCACUGCAGGAGCCCACACCGACACCGCAUGGUAGUUUUGGAGCCACUGAACAAACUGCUGCAGGCAAAAUGGGAUCAGUUCAUCUCCAAGUUCUUCUUCAACUUCCUGUGCUAUCUGAUCUACGUGCUCAUCUUCACUGCUGUUGCCUACCACCAGCCAGCCCUGGAGCAGGCCUCCUCAUGGCUGGACUCAUCGCCCAGAACCUCCAUGCUCCUGGUGGGCCACAUCUUGAUCCUCCUUGGGGGGAUCUACCUCCUCCUUGUCCAGCUCUGGUACUUCUGGCGUCGCCGCCUGUUCAUCUGGAUCUCAUUUGUGGACAGCUACUUUGAAAUCCUCUUCCUGGCCCAGGCCCUGCUCACGGUGCUAUCCCAGGUCUUGUGUUUCAUGUCCAUUGAGUGGUACCUGCCCCUGCUUGUGUCCUCGCUGGUGCUGGGCUGGCUGAACCUGCUGUACUAUACACGCGGCUUCCAGUACACGGGCAUCUACAGUGUCAUGAUCCAGAAGGUUAUCCUGCGGGACCUGCUCCGCUUCCUGCUGGUCUACUUAGUCUUCCUUUUCGGCUUCGCUAUAGCCCUGGUGAGCCUGAGCCAGGAGUCCCGGGACCCCAAAGUCCCUGCAAGCCUCAAUGCCACAGAGGUUGCUCAGCCUGGGACAGGACAGGGGGAUGAGGUGGCCCCGUACAGGACCAUCCUAGAUGCCUCGUUGGAGCUCUUCAAGUUCACCAUCGGCAUGGGCGAGCUGGCCUUCCAGGAGCAUCUGCGCUUCCGAGGGGUAGUGUUGUUGGCUAAUGUUAUUCUCACCUACGUCCUGCUGCUCAACAUGCUUAUCGCCCUCAUGAGUGAGACAGUCAACAGCGUUGCCACCGACAGCUGGAGCAUAUGGAAGCUACAGAAAGCCAUCUGUGUCUUGGAGAUGGAAAAUGGCUACUGGUGGUGCAGGAGGAAGAAGCAGCAGUCAGGCGUUCUGCUGACAUUGGGCACUAGGCCAGAUGGAAGCCCUGACGAGCGUUGGUGCUUCAGGGUGGAGGAAGUGAACUGGGCUGCCUGGGAGCAGACGCUGCCCACAGUGUGUGAAGACCCCUCAGGGCAAGGCAUUCCUGGCAUCAUGAAGAAUCCUGGACUGACCUCUCAACCCUAAGAAGAGCUUUUCUCACAGGAAGACCACCUGCCUCUCCAGGUGCUCCAGGCCAGUCGAUAGCCAGAAGAAGCAGGAAUCUUUUCAGCCACACCUUCUAGUUCUGGGGCUCU